AUGCGAUACAACAAUAAAAGCAGUGGGAAAAUUUUAACAAGUUGUGAUAAACCAUCAAUAACUGACAAAAGUUCUAAUAAUUCAUCUGAAGAGAUUUCAGAUACCUGUGAAACAAUUUCUAAUGUAGAAAUUAAUAAUAAUGCCACAUCAGUGAAAGAAGAUUUUAGUUGGAGUAUAAGCAAACCAGAGCUUGGACUUGCAAAACUUACAAAAUCGUUUGCGAUUCUUUGUGAUCCAUUAAUUGAAAAUGAUGAAAAUUGCCAAUUUAAGCAAACUCCGACAUCUAGACAACCGGUUUCUAUUUGUUUACUCAAUUGCCGCUACGAUUGCAUUCCAAGAGUCGCAAAAUCAUUAGGAUAUAAAAUUGUAAGGCCAAACCAUCAUGUAGCAAAAUCAUCCAUGUUCGAAUACAAUUAUGAAAUGAAAUAUCCGAUGCAGAAUCGAAAGCAUGAACAAGACAUGUGGAAUAUUUGUUGGACAGAUUCAUUUGUUGCUGUUGACUUCUGUCGAGAAAUGAGACGAUUUCAAAAAAUUAAUCAUUUUCCUGGAAUGUUUGAAAUUUCACGAAAAGAUCUCUUAGCUCGUAACCUGAACAGAAUGAUGAAACUUUUUCCAAACGAUUACAACAUUUUCCCGAAAAGUUGGUGCUUUCCAGCAGAUCUAGGAGAUGCAAUACAGUACAGCAGACAACAUAAAAGUAAGACUUUCAUCAUCAAACCUGAUCAAGGAUCGCAAGGUCGGGGAAUUUGGAUUACAAAAAAUUUGAAAGAAGUGAAAAUCAACGAACGAAUGAUCUGUCAGAUUUAUUUACACAAACCUCUACUUAUUGAUGGAUUUAAAUUUGAUUUACGAGUUUAUGCUUUAAUCACUUCAACUGAUCCUUUGAGAAUAUUUGUUUAUAAUGAAGGUUUAGCAAGAUUUGCAACAAGUAAAUAUCGUGAACCAUCUGACUAUAAUAGCAACAAUAUGUUCAUGCACUUGACGAAUUAUUCAAUUAAUAAGAACAGUCGAAUGUAUUCAAAGGAUGAUGAAAUAGGAACUAAAAGGAAACUUUCAACGCUCAAUCGAAUUUUAGCUAACGAAGGUUACGAUGUGACUGAGCUUUGGGCAAAUAUUGACGAUGUUAUCAUUAAAACAAUCCUCAGUGCUUUGCCAAUGUUGAAACAUAAUUACAAUGCAAGUUUUCCAUCUCACGAUAUGAUUCAAGCUUGUUUUGAAAUUCUUGGAAUGGACAUUCUCAUCGAUUCUAAAUUAAAGCCUUAUAUCCUCGAGGUUAAUCAUUCACCAAGUUUUCAUACCAACGAACAAGUUGAUAAGGAAGUUAAGGAAGGACUUAUUAAAGAUACUUUUCUCAUAUUGAAUCUUUGUCAGGAUAUUAAAAAAACGGUACUUGAAGAAGAUCGAAAAAGGAUAAGAGAUCGAUUACUGCAAAGGAUAAAAGAUACGAAAGACUCAAAUAACAAUAAUAAUAACCCAAUUAAAGACGACGAUGAUGACUCUCAAUCAGAAGUCUAUUUAGACAAGCAUCAUAAUUGGGCACAACAAAUUGGUUGGGAAGAUACACAUUUGGGAGGAUUUCGACGGAUCAUGCCAUGUCCCAACGACAAGGAUCGCUAUAAAAAGUUCUACGUUCAACAAAAUCAACUUUCAGUGUACUCGGAAACUGCUGCCAGCAAGCGACGGGAAGAAUGUGCAAAGCAACAACGAAUUGAACUUGAAGAGAAAUUUAAACACAAUCAACACAUUCUUAAACACUUCAGAUUUUCAAAACAUGUGACAGGCGAAGAUGAUGUUAUAAAAAAGAAGAAAAUGAGAAAAAAUAAACGAAAUUAUUUUAAUCCUGAUGACAUAAAUGAAAACGAUGAACGCGAUCGAUGCACAUCACUCUCACAACGUGAAUAUCUGAUUAAAAGUUGUGGAUUGCUUCAAGCUAUUUAUGUGAAUUUUCAUCGAAGUCAAAUAUUGACAGAAUCAGAUAAGAGAAAGUACAAGGAACUCUUUGCGAAACUGAUUAACAAUAACGAAACAACGAGUCUUCCGAUUUUAAGUAGUAUACAAUCAAAAUCCAAAGUAAUUAAAGGACCAACAAAUCUUUUUCCAAUCAACAUGCCCACGAAUUUAAAUCCAUUGAUAGCAAAUGAUGUUACACAAACAACCAAUCAAAAUGAUUCAUCAAAGACAAACUCUAGUGGGACAACUGGU